GCGCCGCUCAUCCCGUUGCAACUUUGCUCGAGGACGAUGCAAGUCGUCGCGUCCUCCCUCUCCGAUUCUCCGAUUCUCUGUCUGAGGAGUCUAUGGUGUCUCACGUACGCAGCUGCACUGGACCCUGCGGAACGGCUUCGAGUCGAUGGCAACGGCCUUCGCUGUCAACAAUAUCGGACAAGACAAUCCCGACUGUUCUCAAUGCCGCUCCAGAUAGACAUAAGAUGGCAGGCCGACCGAACCGCCAAUGAGCCAAUGAACCAAACAAUCAAAUCAUUUGAGUUUACCCCAAAUCAGCGAACGCCGUUCAUCGAAUCAUUCUCGGCGUUUCCCAAGUACCUAUCCGUGUACAUGGAUACAUGACACGACCAUGCCUACGUACUCCGUACGGGAUACUCCUACCAGGAAGACUAUCUGCAAACACGGGCUAGGCGAAACAUGGAAGAAAAGAGGCCUUUCCUCUGCGUCUGUCAAACUUCACUUGCAGAGCAAACAA